AUUGGCGGCCGGGGUACUGGCUGGCCUGCUUACGCCGGGAAUCCCAGGACUGCAUGGAGGGGCUGCCGGCGCCCGGGAGCGGGGACAUCUCCCUGCACAACUUCAGCGUAAGGCUGUGGGAGCAGCUCGUCCACUUCCACGUGAUGCGGCUGACGGAUUCGCUCUUCCUGUGGGUGGGCGCGGCGCCCAACCUGCGCAAUCUUGCCGUGGCCAUGUGCAACCGUUACGACUCCAUCCCAGUGUCCACUUCCCUUCUCGGAGACACCUCUGACACGACCUCCAACUGUCUCGCUCAGCGACUAGCCAGGAAGACUAAAAAACAGGUGUUUGUCAGCUACAACCUUCAGAACACAGACAGCAACUUCACUCUGCUCAUAGAGAACAGGAUCAAGGAAGAGAUGGAGGCUUUCCCUGAAAAAUUUUAGCCACGGAGCGGCGGAACCUGGACAUUUGUAAUUUAUGUACCGAAGCAGAAUAAAUGGAGUGGAUUUCA